AUGGUCUUGAAACCCAAGCCUAUGCCCACUGCAAAGAGCCUCUGGUGUGCGGCAGUCAUCCUGUUUGUGCUGAAGCUGUGGUACCUCCAGGCGGCCCCCCUCGAGGCCUGCGCCUGCUUCAUCAAAGGCUGCUUGCAGGCGCUGACGCCUUGCAGCAUCGUGGCAGGAGCCAUCUUCCUGUUCGACUGCAUGGAGUCCGCACAUUGCCUUGCAUGGAUGAAGGUACAGCUGCGGGUUAUCACAGAUAGCCACCCAGUGGCCGAAGUGAUGCUCAUCGGCUUCUGCUUUGCUUUCGUGGUGGAAGGGGCCUCUGGCUUCGGCACUCCUGCAGCCCUCGCGGCACCAAUGCUCUACUCCAUGGGGCACCCGAAGAUGGAGUGUGUUGUGUGCCUCCUUACUUUCAACACCUUCAUGACGAUCUUCGGCGCAGUGGGCACGCCCGUGUGGUUUGGAAUCGGAGAGGUCCUGCCCGACUUCGGCGACGAGAACUUGAUGGCGGUGGGCUUUCGUGCAGCUGUCGCCCUGAGCACUUGCGCUCUCAUCCUGGUUCCCUACGUAGUCCAGAUCAUCGUGCCCUGGUCAGAGCUGCGGCCGAGCCUGUUGUAUGUGAUGCUGAGCACUACGAGUGUCGUUGUGCCCUUCAUCGGACUGUCUAUCUUCAACUACGAGUUUCCGAGCUUGGCUGCUGGAAUCCUGGGGCUAUGUUUGACCACCAUCUUGACGCUCCGGCGCAUCGGCCUCGGUCCCCAUCAACGCCACGUGGAGCGGACCAGUUCGAAGGAGGCCGCCAUACCAACUCCGGCUGCGUCUGCUCUCGAAGCCGUGGAAGAACACGAGAAACCCGUGGAGCAGGAGAAGAUCUUGGAGCCGGAAAAUUCGUUGAAGGACCUGAUAGACUUGGAGGCGCCAGCUGCCGGCGUACACUUUGUCUCCGGGACUAUCAAGGUGCCGUCCGAGAGUCAGGACGACCAGCUGAAGGCCAACAACUUCUCUUGUCGAAGUUCGAAAGACAAGGCCAAAAACAGGGAGGUGGUCCUGCAGAAGAAGGCUCUGAGAUAUUUAUCCGAGCACCGGAGUAUAUCUGUGGCACCCGCGAAAGUGGUCGCGGCCAUCAACCAGGAAGAGGAUAUUCCGCAACAGCUGACCGUGACGGUGGACGAUUCCCACGCAGAGCACUUUCACAACAACGUGACCGUGUUCGACUGUGUGUUCCGGACGAUGCCACUUUGGCUCACUGUCCUUCUCCUGAUCUUGACCAGGAUCGAACCGAUCGGCCUCAAGUCGCUCUUGCGCGAGGAUGAGCCCGAGAUUGUGAACGGCUCCCUCGGUACUUUGGGCCACUUGCGCAUCUCGGUCGUCGGGCGAUUCUCGCUGACUCAGAUCUUGGGGACCAACCUGGGCUGGACCUACGAGCUCCUCUACAUACCCUUCCUGCUGCCCUUCGUGGCCGCGGGCUGCGCUUCGCUCCUGGUCUUCCGAAAGGAGCUAGAAACCUCGCCGGGGACAAUCAUCGCGGGUGUGGCGCAGCGCAUCAAAGGCCCGGCUGUGGCUUUGAGUGGCGCCUUGAUGUUGGUGGAGCUGCUUCGGACCAGCGAUUCUCUCAAGGAUGCCCCGGCUGCCAUCAUCGGGACACGCUUGUCAGAGACGCUGUCACACGGGUUCGUAGUCCUCUCGUUUCCCUUGGGGGCGCUGGGCUCCUUCUUCUCGGGCUCGACGACAGUGAGCAACCUGACCUUCACUCAGGUGCAGAAGGUCGCUGCGGACACUCUCGGCAUCUCCCCGACAGGCUUGAUUGGUCUCCAGCUAUGUGGUGCCUCCAGCGGGAAUGCUUUUUGCCUUUCCAACAUCAUCGCAGCCACUGCGGUGAUCGGCCUCCAGGUGCCGGAGGGCAUGAUCGUGAAGCGCGUCCUGAAGCCCGUGUGCGCCCAAUUCAUCAUUUGCACCUUGGUUCUCUUGCCCUUUAUUUAUGCCUGA